AGAUUUUGGCGAAAUAUGCAAUUUUUCGAGAAUGGUGGGCCAUGCUUUCUAGUACUUGGUGGAAUGGCUGCGGCAUCGCCAAAAUGGAUUCUGAACAACGAACUCCCAGUUAUGAAGUUGGCCAGGAAGUACCAUGCCGCAGUAUUUCUGCUUGAACAUCGCUUCUAUGGCAAAAGCUUUCCAGAACAGUAA